AUGGGCUUGGAAGACGACCGUGCCCGGCGGGCCGCGGUCUCCCAUCGUGCUGCAAAAGUCGCAAAAGAGACGGAAGCCAACAUGAUGUGGGAUGUGUUUACCAACCUCUACGAUGCCACGACAAAUAAAGAUGGAUUCGUCAAUGUCGGAGUGGCAGAGAACUUCCUGAUGCAUGAUACGUUACUUGAAUAUAUCCGUACCCAUGCCGACCUGCCUCAGAAGUAUCUCACGUACAACGACGGCGGGGAUGGGUCCAAAAGACUGAAGACAGCCGCCUCUCGAUUCCUGAACCAACAUUUGAAACCGGUUGUACCGCUGACACCUGAGCAUCUUCUCGUGACCAACGGGGUGUCGGCGGCUAUAGAGCAUCUGGCAUGGGCGUUCACCAAUCCAGGCGAGGGCAUCUUGCUCGGACGACCACAUUACGGGGCCUUUGUGCCGGACAUGGAAUCCCGUCCGGAGGCCGAGGUGGUGCCCGUCUCCUUUGACGACAUCGAUCCCUUCGAAGUGAGAUGUGUUGCCAAGUAUGAAAAGGCGUUGCUGGAGUUCGAGGAGCGAACGGGCAAGCGUGUUCGGGCGCUGAUGCUCUGCCACCCGCACAACCCGCUGGGACGAUGCUACCCACGCAACACAAUCAUCGAAUUGAUGAAACUGUGUCAAAAGUACCAGAUCCAUCUUAUCAGCGAUGAGAUAUAUGCACUGUCCGUAUGGGAGAACACCGUGGACACUGCACCGGCACCCGUUGAAUUCAUCUCCGCCCUCUCGAUUCCAACCGAGGGCUUGAUCGACCCCAACCUCCUCCAUGCGCUAUGGGGCAUGAGUAAAGACUUUGGCGCCAACGGCAUCCGCGUGGGGGUUAUCAUAUCCCAAUCCAACCCGGGCCUGCUGGCCGCUCUCAAGGGGCCGACACUCUACUCGUACGUGUCAGGACUAUCCGACCACAUCGCCUCUAGUAUUCUCGAAGACGACGCUUUUACCAACAACUACAUCACCGUGAAUCAGCGAAAGUUAUCCGAGUCCUACGCCUUCGUCGCGCAGGCCAUGCAAGACCACGGCAUCGAGUAUGCAACAGGCUGCAACGCGUCUUUCUUCAUCUGGGUCAAUCUAGGCAAGACAUAUCUACGGAACAAACGCGCGACGAGACGCGACGAGACGCCGACAGAUCUAACCCGUACGGUCAUGGAGGCGCUCAAAGCUAAGCGCGUCUUCCUCGCUGACGGCACAGCCUUCGGGUCCGAAAAACCAGGCUGGUUCAGGAUCGUGUUUUCGCAUCCACGGCCCUUCCUGGACGAGGCGCUGGGACGAAUCAUGGCUGCUAUCGGAGAGCCAUACAAGUAUGCGACGGCACCCCCAAAGCUCUAG